UGCACAGUAAUCAUAGUAAUUAAACAAAGACAGAUGCCAACAAAAGAAAAACUAAAACACAGUAAACAAAGACCGGUGCCAAAAAAAGAAGAAAAUGCUAUCUUUUAAAGAGGAAACAACUAGAUUUGAUUUGUUUCACUUUCACAUAAAAAAUGAAAGUCAAAAACGUCCUACACCAUUAUCCAAUUAUUCAAAUUAGCCGAGACACAAAAUCUUCUCUAUAAAUAAUAACACUCACACACACACCAAUCCUCUUCAUAAAACUCAUCAUUCCUCAUUCAUCUCUAACAAUGGCGUCUUCUCGAAUCAUCAUCUUCUCCGUUCUUCUUCUCUCCAUCUUCUCACUCUCAUCAUCUGCCCAACCAUCUUUCCGCCCCAAAGCUCUCCUUCUCCCAGUAACAAAAGACCCAUCUACCCUCCAGUACACAACCGUCAUCAACCAACGCACACCUCUCGUCCCCGCUUCCGUCGUAUUCGACCUCGGUGGUCGAGAAUUCUGGGUCGACUGUGACCAAGGCUACGUCUCCACCACUUACCGCUCUCCUCGCUGCAACUCCGCUGUCUGCUCACGCGCCGGCUCCAUCGCCUGCGGCACAUGCUUCUCUCCUCCGAGACCUGGCUGUAGUAACAACACUUGCGGCGCUUUUCCAGAUAACUCCAUCACCGGAUGGGCAACCUCGGGCGAAUUUGCUUUAGACGUUGUGUCUAUCCAGUCCACUAACGGAUCCAAUCCGGGUCGGUUCGUUAAAAUCCCCAAUCUAAUAUUCAGUUGCGGAUCAACGUCUCUUCUUAAAGGACUCGCUAAAGGAGCCGUUGGUAUGGCUGGAAUGGGACGUCACAACAUCGGCUUACCGUUGCAGUUCGCCGCCGCGUUUAGCUUCAACCGCAAAUUCGCCGUGUGUCUUACUUCCGGUAGAGGCGUCGCCUUCUUCGGCAACGGACCUUACGUUUUCCUCCCCGGGAUCCAGAUCUCAAGGCUUCAAAAGACACCGCUUCUCAUCAAUCCAGGGACCACUGUUUUUGAGUUUUCAAAAGGCGAGAAGUCGCCGGAGUAUUUUAUCGGCGUGACGGCGAUUAAGAUCGUCGAGAAAACACUUCCAAUCGAUCCAACGCUUUUGAAGAUAAACGCAAGUACUGGAAUAGGAGGAACCAAAAUCAGCUCCGUCAAUCCUUACACGGUGUUGGAGUCAUCGAUCUACAAAGCUUUUACGUCGGAGUUUAUUAGACAAGCAGCGGCGAGGAGCAUCAAGAGAGUAGCGUCGGUGAAACCGUUCGGCGCGUGUUUCAGCACGAAGAACGUUGGCGUCACGCGCCUAGGAUACGCCGUACCGGAGAUUCAGCUCGUGCUUCAUAGCAAAGACGUCGUUUGGAGAAUCUUUGGAGCUAACUCGAUGGUGAGUGUCAGUGAUGACGUCAUCUGUUUGGGUUUCGUUGACGGAGGAGUCAACCCAGGAGCCUCUGUGGUGAUCGGAGGGUUCCAGUUGGAGGAUAAUUUGAUCGAAUUUGAUUUGGCGAGUAACAAAUUUGGGUUUAGUUCCACGUUAUUGGGCCGUCAAACUAACUGCGCCAACUUUAAUUUCACUUCCACUGCUUGAUUAAAUUUAGUUGAUGCACUUUCUCCAAAAUAAAUGUGUUUCAGUAACACUAAAUAAAUGUAUUGUAUUAUGUUUAAUUUGAUCAGGAGCCAAUGGAAUCAUUUCUAAGCAUUUUUAUCACUUGAUCUGAAUAAUUAUGUAAUGAGUGAGUAUUUGAUUUUAAAAAUUUAAAUUUAGCUAAAUCUUAAUUUAUACUACGGUGAAAUAUAUAAAAUCAUGUUAAACUUUUUGACACUAAUUAGAAGAAAUUUUUUUGACUAAGUUCAGUUUGUUUU